GGGCCAGGAAGAAUGUAGUGGAGGGUUAUGUAUGUGGUCAGGACUAAGAAGAAAAUAGUGAGGUCAUUAGGGAGACGGGUAAUGUAAAACCCGUCUCUGCCACUGUUGCAUUGGGUCACCCUUGGGUCCAUGGCAUGAAAGUUUUAUUGGGAGGAGAUCUGCUGCAGGAGUCUGAUUGCUUGAGUCAUUGCAACAGGAUAGAAUCUAGUCUCUGCAUACCUCCAUCUGUGACCCCAGGCAGGGGGAUAGGGAACUGUCUUUGCUGCCAUUUUGUCUUAGACCUGUUUGGGGAUAGUAUCCCCACUGUGUGCUGCAGUGGCCAUUGGGUUGGCCUUUGGCAUGUUGGACCUGCGCUUGAGUACAUUGUUAAAGGCCGUUUUAAGAAAGGCCCAUCCACUUACAUUCAGCUUUUCACACAAGGAGUCACUGACCUUGGAGGCAGCUGGAAAGGGCUCCCAGGUGUCACACAGUCACUCCUGCACAGUUUUCCUUCUUUCUCUCCUUCCUUUCCCCCUCCCUUACUCCUUUGUUUGUUUGAGAUGCAGUGCCCUUGCUCGCCUCAACCUACCAGCUGCCUGCCGCUGUCUCUGGAGUGCUGAGGUUGACCUGGGAACCGAGGCAGACCCUUACUUCCUUUUUUGAGACAGGCUGGAUUUGAAUCUUGCUUUUGUAAGAACACGGGAUAGCAAUGCAUAGAACUGCGCAAGGUUUCUAGCUACUGCUUAAGGAAGAGGUAGUGCAGCGAGGGGAAGGAGUUCUCUACUGAUGAGAAGGAGAAACUUCUUUAAAGCCAGGGUUGUUAAAGUUGAGGCUGUGGCUGACAGAAACUGGGAUCUGCUUCCUCACAUAGCUUUGGAAGUAGAUACCAAGAGGCCUGUGAGUCAGAGCACACCAGUGCUUUGGCUAACGGUGUGCUUAGAGGCGGGAUGCCGCAGUGAUUGAAGCUGGGUUGUAGAGACAGACAAGAUGGGGCCAGGCUCACCUCCUGCCUGUGCUGUCCCGAGCUGUCCCAUGCUGUCCUGUUGUAUACAUUUGAUAACUUACUUGUUCGCACUUAGGUUUCAUUUUUCCUUUUGCAUAAGGAGAGUCAUGGUAGCAGCUACCUAGUAGGCUGUCGUGAGAGUUAAAUGAGAUAAGUGAAAAGUCCUGAGAACUGCAUAGGGCACACAGCACAUGCUGACUGCCCACCGUCAUGUAGUGUGGCACCAACACUCAGGCAGGGCUGCUGUAAAAGAGAGCUAGUUAGUAGAAGAGCAGGGUGGGCCUAUGUGAAGGGACAGUUGUUACAGUGACUUUACUCAGUGCCUCGUGAGUGGUAACGUUUUAUUCUUGUCUGUAUCAGCUCAUAGCCGUAGCACGUAAUGCUUCAGGGAGAGGUGAAGCUGGAGCAGGGCAGGGGCCGAGAACAUCUUGGAUGCAAGGGCGUGUGGUGAUCCAGAGUAGUGUUGGUUAGAAAGGCCACUGGAGGGCUGGCUGGCUGGUUCAGUGGAGGAAAGCUCCUGCCAGCAAGCUUGAAGACCUGAGUCUGAUUCCGUACUCCUGCCCCAGGUCCACAAGGUAGAAGGAGAGGACAGAUUCUUUCAUCGUCAGUCUCUGGCUUCCAAACAAAAACGAUGUGAAAAGAGAAGAAAAAGAGAUUCUUUUAAGAAAAGUCAUUCCAUAACCGCGUGUGACAAGUAAGACAGCAUGUGAUCCUAGUACUUGAAAGGUGGAGGCCAGCAGAUGCCAGGAGAGACCUUGUUUGAAUAACGAACCGUCUCCCCUCCCAAUUGGCACAGUGCUAGACUCGGUUGGCUCUUGUUCAGAGGACUGGAGUUGAGUUCCCAGCUCCUGCUUCCCGAGCCACAACACCUGCAGCUCAGCUCCAGGAGACCCAACCAAACCUGCAUGCACACACGUAUAGUUUAAUUAAAAAAAAAAAAAGAAAAGAAAAAGGAUGAAGCUGAAGAGAUGGCUCAUCAGUUAAGAGCAUUUGUUCUUACAGAAGGCUCCAAGUUUGCUUUGUCAGCAUCCACCUGUGGGCUCCAAACCAUCUUUAGUUCCAGGGACCCGGUGUCUCCUGGCUUACUGGGCACCAGGCAGGUGCAGGGUACACUGACAUGAAGACAAAGCAUGGAUGUGCUGAAAUAAAUAAAUAAAUCUUAUAAGAAGAUGGUGGGCUGGGGCUUAGUUGGCAGAGUGCUUCCUUGAUAAGUACAACCCUGGUGUUCCAUAUCUAGUAGGUAUGGUGCCGCUACUCAUGGGAGAUCAGAGGUGGGGGGAUCAGAAGUUAAAGAUUUGAGCCAGGCGUGGUGGCGCACACCUUUAAUCCCAGCACUCGGGAGGCAGAGGCAGGUGGAUUUCUGAGUUCGAGGCCAGCCUGGUCUACAGAGUGAGUUCCAGGACAGCCAGGGCUACACAGAGAAACCCUGUCUCAAAAAAACAAACAAACAAGCAAACAAAAAGUUAAAGAUUGGGGCUGGAGAGAUGGUUCAGUAGUUAACAGUAUAGACUGUUCUUCUAGAGGACCUGGACUUGAUGCCCAACAUUCACAUGGCCUCUGCACUCACCCGGCACAAAGCGGGAGCACGGGCAUCUCUGUAAGCAAAGCACCAGAAGCCAUAAAUGCAUAAUUCUUAAAAAAAAAAAAGAAGUCAUUUUCAGCUACACACUGAGUUUGAGGCCAGCCUGGGAUAAAUGAGACCCCAUGUAACAAAACAGAAAUCUCAAGAGUGAAGGUGACUUGGAGGUGGUGACUGGACAUCCUGAUAGAAUUUAGAGGUUCUGUUUGCUGGGAACUCAGGGUCACCGUUGACUAACUUUUCAGUUCUGUCCUUUGAAAAUGUUAAGCUCUGUCUGUCUCACACAUACGUGUCAAGGUCCAGAGAUUGUGCUAUCCUUAAUUUCCUGUCAAGCCUUCUCCAUGGUGAGAUCUGUGGUGAUUAGGUGGAGAGCUAACGAAACUCUUCUAUAAUAAAAGGAAUCUGAGAACGUUAGGAAAGAGUUCCCAGAAAAGUGAGGGCUUCGUGGACAUGGUGACCCCGUUAGUCCCAGCACUCAGGAGGUAGAGGCCGAUCUGCGGCAGCGCUCUGAGCUUAAGACCAGGCUGACUUGCACAGCGAGUUCCUAGCUUUAUUUUACUUAUGUGCUUUUAAAUCAGUUUUAUUCUACGUGCAUUGGUGUUUUGCCUGCAUGUAUGUGAGUGAAGGCGCCAGAUCCCCUGGAACUGGAGUUACAGACAGUGGUGAGCUGCCAUGUGGGUGCUGGGAAUUGAAUUGAGGUCCUCUGAAAGAGCAGCCAGUGCUCUGAACAGCUGAGCAGUUUCUUGGCACUGAGACCCUAUCCUUAAAAACCAACCAAACAAACAAACAAAAUGAAGCCUUCAGGGGCAGUGAAGCUUUGGGCUUAACACAGUGGUUCUCAACCUGUGGGCCACCUAAAUCAGGAAAUAUCAGAUAUUUACAACUUCUAACAGUUGCAAAAUUUCAGUUACGCAGUAGCAACGAGAUAAUUUUAUGGCUGGGGGUCAGCACAACAUGCAGAACUGUGUUAAAGGGUCACAGUGUUAGGAGGGUUGCGAACCACUGGCUUGGCUUAGGUAAGGGCACUUGAAGCCUAGCCUGAAGACCUGAGUUUGAGUCCUGGAACCCAGGAAAGAACUGGUGCUCAAAGUUGUUCUUUAACCUCCGUGUGGGACAUGGCGCACACCUGCCUCCAUAUACCACAUAUACACGAGAUUGAAGUGUAAGUAAACUAGAGAGAUGGUCCAGUAGCUGGUCCUAUAGCACCCAUAUUGGACAUUUUCUGUCUCUUGACUUGAGGUCUAGGUGACCCAAGGCACAGUCUCUUGUGGCGUCUAUCUGCACUCAUGUGUACACUCCCCACUCUCCAGGAGUGUACCCACCUUUAAUUCCAGUGCUAGAGAGUCAGAGGCAGGCAGAGAUCUCUGAGUUCAAGACCAGCCUGGUCUACAGAAUUUGUUCCAGGCCAGCCAGAGCUAUAUAAUGAGACCCCAUCUAUGGAUGGAUGGAUGGAUGGAUGGAUGGAUGGAUGGAUGGAUGGUCAGUCUUUUAGUAUUUCUAACUUUCCUGUGUCUCGGUGUUUGGCUGCACAUGUGCCUGUGUACCACACAUGUAGGACUAGAGGAGCUCAGAAGAGCUGUCAGAUCCCCUGGAACAGAAGUUACAGAUUAUUUAAAGCUGCGUCAGAGCUGAGAACUGAUCCUGUUUCCUCUGGAAGAGCAGCCUGUGCUCAGUCACAGAGCCGUCUCCAGCCCCUCCAGCCCUCCCUCCCACCUCUGCCUCCUGAGUGCUGGAAUUAAAGGCCUGCACCACCACUGCCAGCUGCAAACAUUUGUGUGCUUUUCUUUUUUCUUCUUUUUUUUUUUUUUUUUAAGUGAAGGGUUCAUAUUCUAGUUUGGGAAAAUAUUGUCCAAGGUGUGACCUUUUCUUACAGAUUUUUUUUUUUUUUUUUUUUUUUGGUUUUUCGAGACAGGGUUUCUCUGUGUAGCCCUGGCUGUCCUGGAACUCAUUUUGUAGACCAGGCUGGCCUCGAACUCAGAAAUCCGCCUGCCUCUGCCUCCCGAGUGCUGGGAUUAAAGGCCUGCGCCACCACUGCCCGGCUCUUAACAGAUUUCUAGAAAGGAUCUGUUAGAAAGAAAUGGCUUAAGACUUGAAGUCUAUCCCCCAAAAUGUGACAGGUCUCUCGGUGCCUUUUUGCUCUCCCAUUGCUGAUAGAGCCCAUCAUACAUACCCUUAUGUGUGAGCAUCAAUUAUAAAUGUUUACAUUUAAAAUGAAUUAGGAUGCAAGAGGAUAUUUGCUUUCUGUUGAAAAAAAAAUGUGUGUGAGAUAGGGUCUUGUGUAGCCUAGGCUAGCCUCAAAUUAGCCAUGCAGUUGACGAAGUCUUUGACCUAAUGAUCCUUCUACCUCUACCUCUGUGGUGCUGGGAUUGCAGGUAGAUGUAACUACCCCGCUUUAUCAGUGCUGGGGACUGAGCCUUGGCCUGUGCAUGCCAACCAAGCUCUCCCCUGACCAAGCUACAUUCCCAGGCCUGUUUCUCUUUGAAUAAAACGUUUAGACUUCACCUUAGGUAGAACCGUAAACUAUAGUACAUAAAACAUUUUAGUGAGGAAGUGGGCUGUUAUGGUACUGGGGACUGGGGCGAGUGGGGGAACAUAAUGAAAACCUUUGCAUUUGUGGUCUCUUCUUCCCAGACUGCUUGCUUGUUUGCUGCUGCUGCUGCUGCUUUCCUCUUUCUUCUUCAAGUAUAAUUCGACCUUUUCUUGGUUAUUUAAAAAAGACUUGCCAGGUGGUGGUGGCCUGUUUUAAUCCCAGCACUCAGGAGGCAGAGGCAGGUGGAUUUCUGAGUUCAAGGCCAGCCAGGGCUACACAGAGAAACCCUGUCUUGGAAACAAAGUUUAUUUUUGUGUGCAUACUUUGCUUAUGUGUAUCUAUAUGUGCACUGUGUGUGGUGCCUUGUGGAGGUUGGACUGGAGUUAGAGUUGGCUGUGAGCUACCACAUGAGUGCUGAGAACCUGACCUAGGUCCUCUAAAGAACAGCACAUGCUCUUCACUAACCAGCUGUCUCUGGUUCCACUUCUAAAAAAAUUUAUGUUUUAUUUACUUUCACUUAAAAAAAAAGUUACAGCCAGGCAUGGUGGCACACGCCUUUAAUCCCAGCCCUUGGGAGGCAGAGGCAGGCAGAUUUCUGAGUUCGAGGCCAGCCUGAUCUACAAAGUGAGUUCCAGGACAGCCAGGGCUACACAGAGAAACCUUGUCUCGAAAAACAAACAAACAAACAAAAAACAAAAACAAAAAACGUUACUCCAUGUGUGUGCAUGUGUGAGAGAGUACAUGCCUCUGUGUGUGUGUGUGUGUGUGUGUGUAUGUAUGUGUGUAUGUGUGUGUGUGUGUGUGUGUGUGUGUAUGUGUGUGUGUAUUUGUGUGUGUGUAUGUGUGUGUGUGUGUGACAAUUGUUAUUUUUCUCCUUCCACCAUGUGAAUCCUGGGUGUUGGCCUCAGAUUUCCAGGCUUGGUAGUAAGCGCUUUUACCUGAUAAGCCACCUCGACCCUUUUUGAGAGAAGUGUGUAUGCAUUCUAGACUGUCCUGAAUUUGUUAUGCAGACCACAGUGGCCUGGUUCUGCCUCCCAUGUGCUGUGAUUACAGGCACACACCAUCCCUGUGUCUUGGCAGGCUCUCAGUCCUCAGGAACACUGAGUCUGAGAACAUGAAAACCGCUUUCCUAGUUGUCAAAUUCAGGAGAGGGACUGGGGGCCACAGGUGGCUUCCUUUCUGCCUGACAGACAUGACAAAUGCCAUGUCAUCCUCAGUGGAGCCAUUUGCAGAGUGUCAGUCCUUGUGCCUGUGCAGGAACGGGAAGCACGUGGCAGCCUUUGCAGAUGAAGGGCAGAGUCAGUGCUGGGAUCCCAGCCCUGCCCUCUAUUACAGCAUACACAGGAAGUGAUCCUAGGACAGCGGCUAGACACCUGAGCUGAUGGGUGGCUCUGCAGGCCCAGUCACCGAAGUUCUGCCUAGGCACCCAUGGCCUUUGUGAUCCGUGACUCCAGCUGGCAUAGAACGCAUCAGAGGCAUUUUGGGAAGCUUUACCUCUGGAGAGUGAGGCAGACAAGUUGAAUGGACUACACUUUACUGUUUCUUUAGGCUCUUUAAACAGAAGAAAAAUACAGCGUAUGGGUGUUUGGCUGUGUGCAUAUCUGUACCAUAUGCCUGCAGUGCAGGUCAGAGAGUGUCUGAUCUCCUGGGAUCUGGUAACACAGUUGUAAGCUGCCAUAUUGGUGUCAAGAAUUCAACUUGGGUCCUCUUGAGAGCUGCCAGUGCUCUCAACCAGUGAACCUUCUGUCCAGCCCCGCUUAGUUUCUGCGGUAGUGGUUGACCUUGCCCAGAUUCUGGCUUUCUGUUCGACCUGUUCACUGUGAGCUCCAUCUUGAUCGGUACCAGAGGUCAGAUUGGGUUUAAGGCUUUCCUCGCUCUACCCAAGGUCACUGAUACAUUUUUAGUGUUUUUUUUCUUUUCUUUUCUUUUUUCUUUUUUAAUUCUCUUAUUAUAUCCCAGCCACAAUUUCCCUCCCUCCACUCCUUCCAGUCCUUCUCCCUCUCCCCUCCCCUCCCCUGAUCCAUUCCUCCAUUUCCCUUUAGAAAAGAGCAGGCCUCCCAGGGAUAUCAGCUGAACACGGCUGACAAGUCACACUAAGACUAGGUACAAACCCUCAUAUCAGGGCUGGACAAUGCCGUAGGAGGAAAGGAUCCCCAGAGCAGGUGAACGAGUCAGAGACAGCCCCGACUCCCACUGUUAGGAGUCCCACAAAAAUACUAAGCUAACAACCAUAACAUAGAGAACCUGGCUCAGACCCAUGCAGGCGCUCUAAUUGUUGCUUCAGUCCCUGUAAGCCCCCAUGAGCCCUGCUUAGUUUAUUCUCUGGGCCUUGUUCUCAUGGUGUCCGGACCUCCCUGGCUCCUACAAUCCUCCUUCCUGGAACUCUGCCUAAUGUUUGGCUGAGGGUUUCAGCAUCUGCUCCUAUCAGUGGCUGGGCACUGAUCUAUGAGGAUAGCUGAAUGUCACUAGGAAUCAGCUCACUAACUUUUUUUCCAGUUGUGUUUGGUUCUGAUCCAUCCUCUGGUUCUUAGCCAUCCAGGCAGUGUCAGGCUUGGGCUCACCCUGUGGUGUAGGCCUCAAGCUGGACCAGUUGUUUAGUGAGGGAAGCAUAUCGUAGGCUCUCCUAGGCAGCUGGAGAUAACAGCACCACAGAACAGCUGGGUUUGGAGCAGGUGGAAGCGGCUCAGAUUUUAAGAAAUAGAAAACAGAGCAGGGGUUGGUGAGAUGGCUUAGCUCCAGUUCCAGGGUCCACCUUCCUCUUCUGUCCUUUGCAGGUACCAGACACCCUUAUGGUGCACAGUCAUACAUAUACACAUAGCAUCAUACACAUAAAAUAAGGCAGGUGCCACUCUAACCAGCUUAAAACAGCGCAGUGACCUUACCCACAUAGCUAUCUCUCUGGCUCAAAGGUUUUAUGGGUUUUUGUUUGUUUGUUUUGAGACAGGAGUCUCACUUUGUAGUCCUGGCUGGCUUGGAACUUAUUAUGUGGACUAGGCUGGUCUUCAAAUUCACAAAAAUCCUCUUGCUUUGCCUUGCCUCCUGAAUUCUGGGGUUAAAGACAUAUCCCACCACACUACACCCAGCUAGGAUUUAUUUUUUUCCAGAGAGAGGAUUUAGCCCAGGGAGCCUUGAACUUGGUAUGUAGCUGAGGAUGUCCUUGAAUUUAUUAAAGUAGCAAGAGAUAUGAUUGAAAUAAGCCAGGUAUCAGAAGGCAGAUGCGGCUCUCACAUGAGGUAGAAUAUUAAAGUAGUAAGUACAGGAAGAGGAAAGCUGUCCCAGUUUAUGUCACCAGGAUCAAGACCCCAACAGAAAGCAAUCUGAAGAGAAAAGGUUUAUUUCCCUCACAGCUUGUAGUUUAUCAUGAAGGGAAUUCAAAGCAGAAACCUGGAGGCGGGAGCUAAUACAGAGACCAUGGAGGACCAUGUUGCUGGCCUGCUCCCAUGGCUUGCUCAGCCUGCCUUCUGUAUAACCCAGGUCCACCUUCCUGGAGGUGAUGCUGUCUGCAAUGGGCUAGGACCUCUUACAUCAUUUAUCAGUCAAGACAGUGUCUUACAGACCUGCCUACGGGCCAGUCUGAUGGAAGCAUUUUAUCAGUGGAGUUACCCUCUUCAGAGAUGAUUACAGGGUGUGUCAAGCUGACAGACCAAUCUGUAUAGAAGGGGACAAUGAGAUUGCUUAGUGUAUAAAGUGCUUAUCACCGGGUCCUUGGAACCUGUGUGAUAGAAGAAAAGAACCAAUUAUUCAGACUUGUCCUGUGACCUCCACACACGCCAGAGAGGAGUGGCAGCUGCCAGUGCUCCAUGGAGGGAGGGGGCUCCUUCCUACUGCGCUGCAGUUGGAGGCAAGUGCUGCAUCUCCAGCACGCGUGCGUGAGGCUUGUUUCCUAGCUGCAGGCUCACUUUGGAGAGUUGAGAACGUCUGCAGAUGAGUAAUGGUGGUGUUUGCACUGCGGUGUAAGUGUGUUAACGUCAUUGAACCAGUUAAGAUGAAAACAGUUAAGAUGGCAAGUUUUUUUUGUUGUUGUUUUUUUGAGUUUUUCGAGACAGGGUUUCUCUGUAUAGCCCUGGCUGUCCUGGAACUCACUUUGUAGACCAGGCUGGCCUCGAACUCAGAAAUCUACCUGCCUCUGCCUCCCAAGUGCUGGGAUUAAAGGUGUGUGCCACCACGCCCGGUUAAGAUGGCAAGUUUUAUAUGUCAUUUUUAAACACAAAUAUACGGCUAGAACACUUUAAAUCCACUGGCUUGUCCUUAGAGGGCCUAUUAUCUCCUGUUUCUCUGCUCUAUCUAGUUUGUUUUUGUUAUUUGUUGGGUGGGAGGCUGUUGUGAGCCUUGCUAUGUAGCCUAGGCUGGCCUACAAUCUGAUUCACCUGCCUCAGCCUCACAGCAACUAGAGCUUUGAUGCUGCUCUGUUUUCUUGGAUGAGGGGGAUGCUUGCCCAUCAUCCUGUUUUGUUUUCAGGAUUUUUAUUUUCCUGUGUUUAAGUGUUUUGCCUGUAUGUGUGUGUGCAGCAUGUGUGCCUGGUGCCAAUGAAGAUGAGAAGGAGGGCAUCUCAGGCAUUUGUAAGCUACCAUGUAGAUACUGACUAAACUCAUGUCCUCUGAGCCACAAGUCCUCUUCACUGCUGAGUCCUCUUUCUGACCCCUAGGAGUUGGGGUUUUGUUUUGAUUUCAGAUAGGGUCUCACUGUGUGUCCAGCUCUUAGCCUCUGAGCCAUUGUUCCAGUGUCCCAGCUAGUGUUUUUCAAUUUUUAAAAAUUACAUUUGGCCUGGAAAGAUGGCUCAGUGGUUAAGAGCACUGACUGCUUUUCUGAAGGUCCUGAGUUCAAAUCUCAACAACCACAUGAUGGCUCACAACCAUCCUUAAUGAGAUCUGAUGCCCUCUUCUGGUGUGUCUGAAGACAGCUACAGUGUACUUAUAUAUAAUAAUAAAUAAAUCUUUGGGCCAGAGCAAGUGGGGCCGGAGCAAGCAGAGGUUCUGAGUUCAAUUCCCAGCAACCUUAUGGUGGCUCACAACCAUCUGUACAGCUACAGUGUAUUCAUGUACAUAAAAUAAACAAAUCUUUUAAAAAGUACACUUAUUUGUGUCUGUGGGAGAAGGCAACUGUCACAGCACACACAUCAAGGCUAGAGGGUAACCUUUGGGGUCAAACUCAGGUUGUUGUAUUUAGUGGCAAGCCUGUUGACCUGCUGAACCAUCUUUCUGCCUCCCGCCCGUUCCUUUGUACAUGUGGGUGUGGCAUGUGUGUGGGCACCAUUCUGUGUGUGUGUGUGUGUGUGUGCUCGAGCGCACGCACGCACGCGCUGAAGGACAACUGUGGAUGUCCUGAAGAAUGACAUCUGUUGGGCUGGAGAGAGGGCUCAGCCUUUAAGAUAAGCACUGAUUCUUUUUCCUGAGGUCCUGAGUUCAAUUCCCAACAACCACAUGGUGGCUCACAACCAUCUGUAAUGGGAUCUGAUGCCCUCUUCUGGUGUGUCUGAAGACAGCUAUAGUGUACUCAUACAUAAAUAAAAAUCUUAAAAAAAAAAAAAGAGCCGGGUGUGGUGGCGCACGCCUUUAAUCCCAACAGAGGCAGGCAGAUUUCUGAGUUCGAGUCCAGCCUGGUCUACAAAAUGAGUUCUAGGAUAGCCAGGGCUACACAGAGAAACCCUGUCUUGAAAAACAAAAAAUAAAAAAAAAAAAAAGAAGAAGAAUGACACCCGUCUCUUGUGAGACAGGUUCUCUUGCCCUGGAGCUCACCCGUUAGUCUGUAUAGACUGGCUGGACAGUGAGCCUCAAAGAAGCUUGUCUCUGCUUUCUAACCAUGGGGUUACAAGUGUGUACUAACCACCAUAGCUGGCUGUUUUUAGAUGGGCUCUGGGGCUCUUACGUGGGUCCUGUGCUUUGAGGGCAAGCGCUCAGCGACUGACCCGUCCCCUGUGCUGAUGUUGUUUCUUUGAGACAGGGUCUCUGUGGUCUGGGCUGUUGUUACACUCUCGGCAUUCCUCCAGCCCGGGCCUCUGGAGAGCUGAGACUGCAGGUGUGAGCUGCCACCCCAGGUUUAGCAUCUCAUCUUGUAUGAAGCUGGACACGAGAGCACUAAUAUCCUCACUUAAAGGUGGAAGAAACCAUUCUAAGAAGCUCCCAGGGGGCUUCCCACGGUUCACUGGGGACGGUUUGUUUCUGCAUGCCCCUUAGUGAGCCAGUGAGCCGGGUCAUUUCAUUCACUAGGCUGAGAAAGAGUCUCCCCGAAAUGUACUUCACAUUCUGUGUCUCCCCAAUUGUAAACAAAAUGGGGCUUACUUAGAAGAAAGUGAAGAAAGGCUGUGGUAGAGGCAGCCAGUAAUUUCUGUCGUCUGAGGCCAUCUUGCUUUUUUUAAGGUUCAGUUAUUGUUUGUGUAGGUGAUUUCCAGAUAUCACCCCCCCACCCCCUGUCCAUUGGACUUUAUAUUUUUGCACAAAAAUAGAAAUACAAACUGCUCUUGCAGAGGACCCAAACUUAGAGCAGUAAAGUCACACAACUACAGCAGCUUGUAGCUCCAGCUCUGGGGAUCUGAUGGCCUCUUCCAGCCAUUGCCCUGCCACUUACAUGCACAUGCCUACGCCAUAGAAAGAGAUUUAACAGAAAGAAAUCUGCAUUAAGUUCUAAAGCGAAUAUCCUCGUCCUUACCAGAUGCAUUCCUGGCUUUUGUUUUUUUAAGGUUUGUUUACUUAGUAUACAUGAAUAUACUGUAGCUGUCUUCAGACACACCAGAAGAGGGCAUCGGAUCCCACUAGAUGGUUGUGAGCCAUCAUGUGGUUGCUGGGAAUUAAACUCAGGACCUUCGGAAGAGCAGUCAGUGCUCUUAACCAUUGAGCCAUCUCUCACCUUUUUCUGUCUGAAGAAUUGUCAUCCAGUUCCAAGUCGUCGUUGACCUUUCUAUUCUUCCUCUUAAGUUUAGUCCAUCAUUAGACCCUGUGAGUUCUACUUUUUUCUGAGACAGGGUCUCUGUAUUUGAUCUUGGCUGUCUUGCUGUCUAGACCAGGCUGGCUUUGAACUCAAAUCCUCCAACUUCUGCCUCCAAGUCUGUGCCCAGUGAGUCCUACCAUAUCGAUGUUUCAGAUCUCUCUUGUCUUCUGCUGCUACCUCUUGCUACUAGGAACUUAAAAAAAAA